UAGCAGCUUUGUAGUUGCUCAUCAUAAGCACAGAGUGGAGCUACUGCUUGGUUAGUCAACUUAUUUAACCUCAAAAUAUAUCAUAUAUAUAUAUAUAUAUGUAUAUAAAGGUAUUCCAAUGUGAUUUUAAAACGGAAUCAAUUAAAAGUCCAUCGAAAAUGAAUGACACUUGAAGAAGAAAAUACGUCAUUAAAGACAUGACAUAUCAAGUUGUUUGGGGGUUCUCUUGAUGGAGAUAAUAACUUUUGAUGUAUGUAUAUUGUACAUUGUACGUUGCGAGCAGGUUGGAUGACGUAUUGACUUCCACUACAAAAGAUGGGUCAUGGAUCAAGUCGCUCAGCAUCCUCGGCAAAUUUAUUGUCGUCCGAGGAGUUGACUCUAGUGGAAAAUCUUUUCAAGUCCAUGUCUCGGAGUUCAGGUUCAAUAAAACGGGAGGAUAUUUUUAAACACUGGUCUAUCCACCUGGAUGAUAUUCUACUACAGUUUGUCGUGCGUUUUCUAUGCCAUGAUCCCGGUAAAAAAGUGUCUGCAAUAAACGGCGAAAACUUUGGUCGUCUGUACGUGUUUGCGAUACGUGGGAGUCCGGAGGAACGUACCAAAUUACUAUUCGAUGGGUUUAUAGAGGAUGAACAGAAAUACGAAAUACCAACAGCAACAUUUCUCCAGUACGUGCAAGCAACUAUCAAUUCGUACCUGAGACUACAAAAAAACUGUGGUAAUAAUCAUUAUUUAAGUUGGAGUAGUAUUGGAUGUACUGUUAACACACGAAGGAUCGCUGUACGCUCAAAGAGCCUUUGCGAGGAUUUAAUUAAACAUGGUGAUAAUCUAACAGCAGAUACUAUUGAAUCGUGGUUUAGUGUAUGUGGAACCUUCAAAGAGAUCCAGUCCCACGUAUUUCAGUGUCUUUUUUUGGUAUCACAAAAAAAGGGCGAUAAAAAUACAAGUGGACGUAUUAACGACCUAAAUCUUUUGCCAAUUUGUAAGGGGUUAGAAAAUAUACCGCAUUUCCCAAGUAUCCUCGGCCUGGGUGAUGUAUUAUUUUUGAAUGUCAGUCUGCCCCAUGAACUCCGGAAAGAAUGGCGAUUUUUGUUUUCUAGUCAGGUACACGGCGAAUCCUUUUCAACGAUGCUAGGACGGAUAUCAAUGCAAGGUGCAACGAUAAUUAUUAUACAAGACACUGACGAUCAUGUGUUUGGAGCGUUUUCAUCAGAUAACUGGUCGCUCAGUCCGAAUUUUGUCGGGAAUUCGUCCUGUUUUUUAUUCAAACUUGAACCAGAUAUACUAACGUUCCCGGCAACCGGUUACAACAAUCAUUAUCAGUAUUUAAAUCUUCACCAGCAGACAAUGCCAAAUGGUUUGUUGAUUGGUGGUCAGCUCAAUUAUCCUGGCCUUUGGCUCGAAUGUGAUUACGGAACAGGGAAAUCAAGUAUAUCAUGCACGACAUUUCAGAAUUAUAUACAACUCAGUGGUAAAGAAAACUUUACAAUAAAACAUUUAGAGGUCUGGGGUGUUGGAGCUGUGCCAGAAGCUGAGGUAGCAACUCGGGACACUAGAUCCGUCUUGGAUCAGGAUCCAGCCUCACAAGUUAUGCUCGAGUUAGCUGGUCGUAAAAUGCAUAGCGAGGGUUUGAGGAAUAAAAAAGAGUGAACCAUUUUUUCAUCGUCGGUCUCAUUUAAUAAACUUUUUUCACGUGGCUCAAUGUCUGAUUAACACAUCGAACAUAACUGCUUCGCUUUACUUUCAAAUAUUAUGAGAUGUUAUUAAAUUUUAUUUCAGUUUAAACUAUACACGCUUAAGUAUAAAUUACACAAUAUAUCGAUAUGAAAAAUGAAAAUAACGAAUUCAUUGUUUUUCAUUACGACUCUUACGAGCACUUGAGAGACCAGAAUGGAGUACUAUCUCAGAAAUUUAAUAAACUUGGGAUAAUUUUUUUCUCAUUAAAAAAAAAAAAAAAAAAAAAAAAAACAAACUUGGAGAGAUUGUAAAGACUCAAGGGAAUACAUUAUCGAGAGAUGAAC